AACGAGACUUACGUGGGUGUAGACAGUGGUGUCCUUCAGUCUCCGAAUUUCCCGCACAAUUACCCGAAUGAGGCCUACUGUUCCUGGAAUAUCAGAGUCAAGCAAUCACAGCACGUGUUUUUGAUGUUCUCAUCAAGUUUCAGUUUACAGGCUGAAAACAACACAGAUGUCAUUCGUGUGUACGAUGGAGGGAAUACCACAGGGGAGGUGUUGGGAGUGUUUUACGGAGGACACCCGCCCCCAAAGGGUGGACUCUAUUCUUCAGCAAACCAAAUGUUAGUUGUUUUUAAAACGGACAACAACAAAUCUUUCUCCGGUUUCAAAGCUUCCUAUCACGCCUUAACGUGUUCCGGUAAGGAUGUUUCAGAACAACUGGCCUUCUUCUAGGCACAAUGUAGUUUCCAAUUCAAAUUUUCAAAGGCAAUAGGCCACUUCCGAGUUCCGAAAACCCUCACUUUCAAAAUGAGGCCAAGUGCACAGCCAUUCUUGUGAAAUUGAGUUUUAUUUGCAUGAGAAUGAAAAAUCAUCUCCACAUCAAUGGCUGAGCACUAGUCGUUUUGAUACAGAGGCCCAGGGGAACUCGGAUAUGGCCUACCUUGCAUUGCCAUCAACCUCGAGGACAGGCAGAGGGAGCCAUCUUUUUACGUAACUUCGCUCGGUAGCUUCAAGCCUUGACGAAGACUGGCGAGUGAAGGCGUUGUUUAAACUUCACUUUUAAACAAAUUUUUAAAUCGAUGUAGAUUAUAAACACUACUUAUCAACCGCGAUUGACGUCCGAGAUUACAGGGAAAUCUCAGACCGAGGCCUUGAUGUAAUGGGGAGCUUAUAAGCAACAAGGACGGCAACGGCUACGAAGACGUCACUUAAAAAAUGAAUUCGCGCUGCCUCCACUUUAUCACGCUUAUUCUGUCUCGUUUAAUUCGUGAAAUGUUGGCAGAUUUUUUUGGAGUUAACUUCUAAAGGACUGUAUCAAAGUUCAAGAAAGAAAAAGAAACUUGUUGUUGUGUGUUCCCGUCUUCGACAAAACUACGUGCAACGACAGCAAAGAAAUGUACAAUAAAGCGUGAUGCACGUGCAGCAUUGUUGUUUUGCUAAUAUAAACCUUUUGCUUUUUUGCCGUUCUCGUUGCCGUCGCCGUCUUCGUUGCUUAAGCUUCCUAUUUAUACAUCGAGGCCUCGGUCUGAGAUUUUCCUGUAAUGACCAAACGGACGAGGUCAAUAAGUUCUUUAUUAUAUGGCCUUUUUAGCCUCUUUUUCUUUAAAGUUGACUUCCAACUCAGGGAAAAAUCACUUAAUCAAUAACGUUAAGUCAUAGCAGCCUAACAUUGUCGACCCUUGCCAUAGGGUACUUUGAGGUCUUGUCUAAGUGGGCUUUUCUAUUGUUUGUUUCCUUGUUUGACAUAUAUUUUGCUUGAAAUAUGUAGAUCCUCUUGGAAUGGAAAGCGGGGCCAUUUCUGAUGCUCAAAUAAGUGCAUCUUCACAUGAUACCAAGACCUGGCGAAGUGACUAUUCUGCAAAAAAGGCAAGGCUAAAUUCGAGACAUUCGUGGAGUAAUAACGGAUGCUGGGCAGCGACUACAAAUGAUCUUCACCAGUGGCUUCAAGUGGACCUUGGUGGUUACACGAAAGUAACACGUGUAGCGACUCAGGGAAGUGGAUACGGACUCUCAGAAUGGGUGACAAAGUUUAAGAUCCGGUACAGCUCUGACGGAGUCAUAUGGCAAUUUUACAAAGAGCCUGGUAAUGCGAAUGCUUCAGCAAAGGUACGCUGGACUUGCUAAAUAUGGAGCUUAGGCAACGACGACAACAAAGAGAAAUGCAAAAAAGCAAUAGUUCCGGUUUGAUUAGCAAAACAAUAAGUUUGCACGUGUAUCACGCUUUUUUUACAUUUCUUUGCCGUCCUUGCACGACUACAACGUGAAAGUGCCUAAAUUCAUGUUUUGUCGAGGACGGGAUCACAAGACAACAACUUUCUUUUUCUUUCCUGAACUUCGAUACAGUCCUUUAGGCGAUAAAGUUUGAAGCAGCAUGAAUUCACUUUUUAAGUGACGUUUUCGUAACCGUCGCCAUCGUUGUUGCUUAAGUCCCUAAUGAGUCCCUAAUGCCAGUCGCCUCCCCCUCCCCCCCGCCUCUACUGUGGCAAAAACUGCCUCAGGCAUAUCCUUAGUGUUGUAUGGGACGCCUAGUGAUUUAAUAUGAAAGAAGAAGGUGAGGCAAAUACUGAAUUCAAUAAUGUUUCCAAACAUAGCUGCCUUAAUGGAGGGCCUCAAUGGGGUUUACGGUCAGCCGUCAAAUGGCCCAAAAAUUGACCGUCAACAGUCAGAAAAGGUUAUUUUUUACCGUCAACGGUCAAAAAUGCAGGUUAAGGCAUUCCGGGAGAGUCAGGAGUCCGGACCCCCCUAUCAGACCUGAAGCUUGUUUGAGACUGAAAUUCUUACAUCGACUGGCUGGUUUUUUUAAUGCAUGGAACGCGCGUUGGAUUUUGCCACUAAACUAAAUUCCAGGGAUAUUCAAAAAUGUAAUUGUUUUUGGGUACCCUCCUAUGAUCUGUUCGCCUCGCAAAGCAGUCUUUCCCGCGCCAACGGCGACUGGCGUUCACAGAUUGAGAAACACGUGGUCGUCUUUGUGAGAAGUGAUUUGCCACAAAAAAGUUCAACAGUACUUUCUGAACCAAAGAUUGCCCCCAGUCAAAAAUUCCUUCAUCCGCCCCUGGGUAACACAAUAACAGGUAGAUCUCUUUGUGGCAUACAAGGUUAAGAAUAGCAAUUGACCGGAGACAAACCAGUUGGCUUUUUACAAGGGUGACCGAGGAUUUGAACUCGGAACUACCGAAAACCAGUCCAGCGAGCGGUCAGCGCGGGCAAUGAAAGCGGGCCUCCGGAAUACAAUUUCAGCGCUUUUAACUGCGGAUCAUUUUACGUUUCUGUGAAACUGCCCACCUACCUUUCCCAUACACCAACAAUAACACUUAGCUCUUACUUAGAGCAAAAUGUUGGCUUAGGGGAAGGGUAGGCGGGCAGUUUCCCAGAAAUGUAAAAUGAUCCUAACUGCUAAGCCGCCCUGCCUCUAGUCUGCUAGACAGCCGUUUUUAGUGCCGUCACGCAACGCUCCUCCCCAAUGUGCAGAGUACACUGCAUCAAAAGACUGCUCAGUAUUGUCAUACAUGUAAGUGAUUCUUUUUCCAGGUGUUUAUCGGAAAUUCUGGCGGUCCCAAUAGAAUUAUGUAUAACCGACUGAAUGAACCCAUCUUAGCACGAUACAUUCGAAUCGUGCCUGUGGAAUGGCAUGACCACAUAACGAUGAGACUGGAAAUCUACGGUUGCCAAGGUACUCUUUUACAAUAAUACAAUAAUUUUUAUUAACUCUCCCAAAGGGCUAUUCUGAAGUUAAUUUACAAAUGCUAAAAAGAAGGGGAUAAGAAGAAAAAGCUUAAAUUAAUUACAAUCUUAGUACAAAACUAAAAGCCUAAACUAUGCGCGUACAAUUACGUUAUCUCUUUGGAGAACUAAACUAAGUCAAAUAUCAACUAUUUAACGCAUAGGGUCUGCACCUGCAAUUCGCGUUUGAGGCUCCUCUUAAGGUACAUAGGUACAUUUGAAAUCACCGGUGAUCCCUGCAAUCUGAUUGGCUCUCAGCAGUAUAAUUUACUGACGAAUCACACUAUGUUUUGCUCUCAAUCAUAUUCUAAAUCGCAACAUUUCUGUUCUAACUUGCACCAUCUUUGCUCAGUACCGCACCAUUUCUGUUUCGAAACAAAAAUGGAAUACGAUGUAAAAGCCUUUUUGUUACCACUACCUUCAACACGGAAAAGUCAAAAAAUUGCCGAAACCAAAAUAAGAUACCUCUCAUAUUACGUAUCAUUUAGAUGUCUGUGUUAUUCGUUAUGUUUGGUACAGGGAUAGAGUUGUAAUAAUAUGAUCAACUAAUAAACCAAGGUAUUAUACAAACAUACUAAAAAACAGUUGAAAAAGUUCAAGUCGUUAAAUUCCAGUAGGCGUCAAACAUUUGUCAAUGAACACAGCUAAUAUGAUUUAAUCAGUUGAUGUAUUUAAUCACUAACAGUUGUUGUUGAAAAAGAGACGUCCUUUUCAUUUCCGGACUCAGAUGUAGGAAAUACAAUUUAUUUUUAAUUUUGACAUGAGAAGCAAAUUUAACCCUUUAAGUCGCAAGAGUGACUAACAUCAAUUUUCUCCUAACAAUACUGAUACAUAAUCAAGAGAAAACUUACAAAAAUUAACAAAAUUAACAUCAAAGGCAAAAAUGCUUUGAUCUUUAAACAAAAUCUCACAACUAAUUUUUCAAGGAAAUGCAUGUGUGGAGAUCAGUCUGGAGAACUCGUAUGCGGAUAUUGGAUCUAAAGGGUAAAGUGUUUUUUGGUCUGAGACAAGAAAUGGAUUCCGAGACCCUAGCGAAACUUUCCACCCAAAUGUUCUUAUGUAAACCCUCCAGAGAAAGGCUGCUCCAAAGAAAUGGCCCAGAAUGGGCAAAGGAGCGACCAUCGAAUGUUUUAUGAUUUUAAGUCCUUGGGACACAACAAUUAUACUUUUCAAAGCUGAAAAUCUAUGACCUUUUUUAUUAUUAAAAACAGGUUGCAUUGAAGCUCUUGGUAUGGAAAGCGGAGCAAUCACAGACGCCCAGCUUUCCGCCUCUUCACAAAUGGGUGGCAGAGUUCUACACGCUCCCAGCCAAGGCAGGUUAAAUUUCCAGUCAUAUAGCAACCUAGCUGGUGCAUGGUGCCCUCGUUAUAAUGACCCAAAUCCCUGGCUUCAGGUUGAUCUUGGUAGUUACACAACGGUGACUCGCAUCGCAACACAAGGGAGAAAUGGAUGGAAUUGGUGGGUUACCAAGUACCGAAUACUGUACAGUGAUUAUGGAAUAAGCUUUCGUUACUACAAAGAUCCAUCGGACAAUUCGGCCAAGGUAAACUAUCUUUUUCAACCUUUAUUCACUUAGCACUAUUAAAAUAGUAUUUCCUUUUUUCAAGCCUUUAAAUGCUCAGACAUGCAGAGCACAUAUUAUUUUUAUGUCUCCUCCCCGGUUUACUAAAACACCAACAAUAAACUCCCCUUUACUGCCAACAGCCGAGCUUUGCUUGCUAGAGCGCUUAACUUAGGAAACAAAGAAAACCGAGACUGUGGUCUGGGAUUAAAAACAUGGCCAAGUUAAUGGCCGGUUUUAUUUAAAACUGCAAAAUCAUCUUAUCAAUGUUAAAAUAUGAAAUAAUGUUUACGAAUUUAUAGGUCUAGCAAAGGUGAGGGCCAGAAGAAAAAGGCAACUAAACUACAAGAAAUACCUAAAGCAAGUAAAAUAGGUGGAAGAUUGGGGCGGAGGCGGGUCGAUUGCUUGUUCAAAGGAUAAGCGGGUCAGCUAUCGAAGAUUCGGCUUGAUGUCAGCUUUCAGACCGAGAGGAUUAACGAAAGGUUACACCCUCUUAUAAAGGGUCUCCGCGAGAUAAUGAGAUCGAGGCUAAGUAAAUUUACUGCGAGUGGCCUUAUCAUAGGAGCUCGUGAUUAUUACUCAAAAGUAAUUUUACUUUUCGUCUUGUGAUUCUCACGCGAUCGUAAACCAUUGUAAGAUAAUUCAAAGUUCACAUUCGAGAGCCUCUAAGCCUUUGAAGCCGCAAUCGACCUCACCCCCCAAAAAUCCAUGCAUUGAAGAAAUUGGAAGGGGAGACAAAAUUUUUUAUUUGGUUCCAAAUAAGCUCAUCUAAAACUCACUCAAUUUACGGUUUGGUUAGAUUGUAGGAGAACUAAUGACUCACAUCUUUACUACCUAUCGUUUUUGAGUGAAGUUGGUGAGGCAUUUUAUUCAGUAUGGCGUUUGCCUCUUAUGCUUCGUCUACUAUGGUUUGUUUUGACUUAGAAAGGAGUCAGAUUUAGUAUAGCUAAGGUAGCAAAGCUAUCCUAAACAUAACAAUUAAAGCUAAUACAGACGUUUGGAAACAUGGAGACGAGAGUUCAAGCCUUGCCGUCGCGUUCUCAUCGUAGACACAAGCCUUGGCUUCAUUUUAUCUCUCUUCACCGAGCUGUAUAAAUGGGUACUGGAAACAUACUGCCAUACCUUUUACAGGUGGAAAAACCGAUCAUGGCUGAUUCUCGGAGUUUGAAUUAUUUUGGACAAGAAAAUUAGAAGUACUCUGAAUACCUGUAUUAAAUACUAUUAUGGGAAGCCUAGACUUAAGGUUCUGAAGUUGAUACCAAUGUUUCAAAGAAAGAGAUAACUUGCUUGCGUUAAGUAAGUGCCCCGAGGUCCUAACAGACCUUCUUGUCAGUUAAUCAUUCGUCUUUCAAAUGGAGGAAGUAAAGGAUACAGGGACUAACUCAGCUAGGUGUUCGUUUUACCGAGGUGUAAGGAGGCAACUUAAAAAAUUAAAGAAAGGCGGGGAUCAAAGUCUAGGUGUCCGUUUUACCGAGUUGUCCGUCUAAAAAAGAGGCAACUAAAAGAAGUAAAGGAAGGCGGGGACGAACUCCAGGUGUCCGUUUAACCGUGUUUUUAAACAUGCACUACUACAUCUAUACCAAUAAACUACUUCUACAAGUACCCAAAAUACACUUCCUACUGUACUUCUUGUCUUUCUUAUAGAGGUGUCCGUUAAAAGAUAGUCUCCCUCGCAGCCGUUUGUAUUGUCGUCGCACAACGCUCCUCCCCACACUGGCUAGUUCAGACAGAAUAGAUUGUUAUGUGUACUAACGUGAAGAACUGCGUCGUUCUCUUUCUAGAUUUUUGACGGGAAUAAAGACAAGGACACUGUUGUGUAUAAUCGAAUAAAUCCGCCAAUUACAACACGUUUUAUCCGCUUACAGCCGGUACAAUGUAAUAACAGGAUGGCGAUAAGAAUGGAAGUUUAUGGUUGUCCAGGUAUACUUAGCUUGUUUUUAGUCCAGUUGUACAUUAUCAUACACAUUUUUGUUGAGUUCUUCGUAUGUGAUGAUCGAUGGUUAGCGGGGAGAUGAUCUUCAGACGUGUUGGACGAUCCAAACUCCUUCGGACGAACUUAACUGAGCCAAACGUCGAACUUUUCAUGAACUUACCUUAUUGAGUUUGUUCCGUCUCAUGAAAAGUUCGACGUUUGUCCUGGGCCUUAGCUCCGUUCCAAUAUGACUGAUAUCUUACAAGCCCUGUGCUUGUAAAACUUCGUAAGGGGUAUUAGGAGGGCUAAUAAACGGUGUGGGGUCAUAUAUCGGGGAGGCUGACUUAUAUUAUACUGGACUAAAACAGCGUUUCAAAACAAGCUACAUAGCAGUUCUGGCAAAAUGCUUUUUGAAUGUACUGGCUUUUUGAAGCUUCAAAACGUCAUUAAAAAAAACGUCGUAGUUAAAAACGCAUCUUCAGAGUUCCCUACUUUCCCGUAAUUAAGCUCGUCGAUUUUUACCCGGAGGGUGGGGGUGGGUACUCAAGGGAAGUUUAGGUUGAGGUGUGACGCCGAGGUAAAUUCUGACCCUGUUUAAGACAAAAAAUGUUUAUUGUUUCUUUAGGAGAGGGAGAGUUUAUUUCAAACCUUGACUCAUUUCGUUUUGCAAACAGAAUUAAGUAAUUUUCAAACUAAAAUCCAAAAUGGACGCCAGUUACGGUAGGUGCUCGAUCUCGACGAUCUUACGAAAAAUUGGGGAUUGCAAAAAAUUACAUUUUCGUAUUUUGUGAAUCCUAAAUAAAUAAAUUAAUUAAUUGAUCAAUUGAUUGAUUGAUGACGAUACCUUUGUGGUUCACCUCGAUGCAAGAGAGAAUGAUCUCUUGCUCGAUGUGAUUCUUUGUUUACCAUUGCGGAUCAAACUGGAAGUUACAAAUGUUUGUUUCCGCAACACCAAGAAUCACUUGUAAUCAUCGAGAUGAGUCAUUCGCUCAAAUCAGGACGGCAUUGAAAGGUUCCAAUUCAUAGGCAAUUUUGUCGUUCAUGAAUAUCCGCAACGAUAAAACAUGGUAUACUAUCGGGUAGGAUAUCCCUUAAAGUGCCUUACUCUUGCGAGCUGAAUUUUACGCAACAGAACAUAACAAUAACCACGCAAUAGACAGUUAAGAGUUUGUAUUUAACAGGUUGCAUAGCUCCUCUUGGAAUGGAAAGUAGAACAAUUCUUGAUGCUCAGAUAAGCGCCUCUUCACAAAUGAAUGGCAACCAUUCUGCAUCACAAGCGAGGCUGUACUUGCAAACAGAUGGGAGCACAUUUGGCGGCUGGUCUGCUCUCACAAAUGAUGUCGACCAAUGGCUUCAGGUCGAUUUCGGUAGCUAUACGCUAGUUACACGGAUAGCGACCCAAGGGGAGAAUGGCUACAGCAACUGGGUGUCCAAAUACAGGUUAAAGUAUAGUGAUGAUGGUAGUACCUUCCAGUUUUACAAAGACGUCGGAAGCACAUCUCCAAAGGUACUUGGUGAUCAGCAUCAAAUUUCUCCUUGUUAUAUCAAUGCUUUUUAAGACAGAGUGGUCAUGAGAAUUACGGACAUGAUCACAAGAUGUAUUUGCUUGAUAUUUUAUCAACUUCUCCUCACUGCUUCUGUAGGAAAUUAAUAGGGGCAACAAAUGAGAAUUCAAAUUGUGAUCUUAGGGUUUAAAAGGUUAACAAACCUCACGAUGUGGUCCAUCCGACCCCUGCAGACCUAGAGUCAGACUCUAUCAACUGUUACCCUCCUAAAAUUGAUUUCAAUACAGUAAAAACCCCGUUAACACGAACACUGAAAGGGGGGGGGGGAUUCAAAACGCCGGUAUCAAAAAUGUAAGGAAUGGCUUUCCCUAGGAAAAAAACAAACUGCCCGUAAUACUUAGAUGUCCUUAUGCAGCGGGUGUCCCCUUAAGCGGGGUUCGACUGUAUAUUAAUUUAUUAUCUUUCGGUUAGAACGGUAAUUUACAUUCACCAUUUUCACAUAGACAAUAAUGCAUCUUGUUUACCCCCCAAAAUUUUGCAAAACCAUCGUUUUCAAUUUCUCCUGGGUAUUACAGUCGUCCAAAGAGAAAUCGAAGACAAUGGUUAUGCAAAAUUGUGGGAGGUUAACAAGGUGCAUUAUGGCCUAUGUGAAAAUGGUGAAUUGCUCGUUUUAUUCUCGAUUAUUCAGUUUUAAAAUCGAUCUCCAAGGUUUAUUAUUAAAACACAGUUUUAUCGUAACUUUCAGGUGUUUAACGGUAACACAGAUAGUGAAAUGGUUGUGUACAACAAACUUCCCAUACCGAUCAAGACCCGCUUCAUUCGUCUUUUGCCAAUGCAGUGGAAAAAUCAGAUUUCAAUGAGAAUUGAAGUGUAUGGUUGCCCAGGUAUUAAACUGAUAAUGCUUGAAAAAAUUGGUCUGUUUUACAACAGAGUGGGCACUUUUUUUCUGCACAAACAUUCGCCAUUAGGAAAUAGCGUAUACUUGUUUAGCCUGUGCCGCGGCUCUUGGUCAGUGCGGACGAGCGAAAAUAUCGGGCGAGCAGUGAAAAAGCAAGCGAACGAAAGACAGUGGGAAGAAAUGAGGGGAGAGCCUGUAAGGACUUUACAAAUACCACGGUCUGUCCACUACCUCGCCCACUUCAUGAAAAACCGUUUCUCGUGUUAAAAUGUUAAAAUGUUCCCGCGCUUGCUAUGUAUUUUCUUUGUCUCUGCGUGCGGAAACCAAGCGAUUGACGCGUGAUUGACAUAAACUGCCAAAAUUGACCAAUCAUAGGGUAUACCAGGAGCUGGAAUGUCAGGUAUUGAAAACAAUGCUUACAGACCCCACUUACCUGUCUCUCUAGCUUCCCCGCGGUUUUCGCGCAGUUUUUCUCCAUGCGCUCUCCAUACUAUCUCAGAGUCUGGAACAGACCUAUACUUGUUUCUUACAGACGUUUAUGGCGUGUUUUGUUCCACUUUGUCGAACUUACAGGUUGCAUAGCACCUGCUGGCAUGGAGAGUGGAGCGAUCUCUGAUUUCCAGAUAAGUGCUUCUUCCAAAAAGACCGAUAGUUUUGCGGCAAGUCGCGCCAGGUUAAAUGUGAAAGUGACCGGAAUUAAGCAAGGAGGCUGGUCGCCUUUAAAAGACGAUCUUAAUCAAUGGCUCCAGGUGGAUCUUAGUAGUUAUACCACAGUAACACGUCUGGCAACACAAGGAAGGGAUGGAUCAGAUGAGUGGGUCACCAAAUUCAAGUUGCAGUACAGUGUUGAUGGACUAAUAUAUCACUUUUACAAAGGAAGAGGAGAAAGCUCAUCAACGGUACGUUAAUCGGAUCACUUUAGGUUCUGGGAAACUGACCACCUACCCUUCCCCUAAGCUAACAAUCGAAAUUCCUUGAAUUUUUUUUUUGUGGAAUCCGGAAUCCCGCUAACAAUUGGAAUCCGAAGUCCAAAUUCCUUUGUUGGUUCUUCCGUUGCUGGAGAGGUUUUUCUCCGGUUUUUCCGUCUCGUAAAAAUCCAACACUUCCAAGUUUCAAUUCGAUAUAGAACUCACGGACACGUUUAAAUGAAUUCUUAAGAACUCCUAAGGCCUUAUAGCAGUCACGAGAUUUCUUAAUUAGCUUUUCUUGCUUUAGAUUUUUGAUGGAAACCAAGAUAGUAACACCGUUGUGUAUAACAAGUUGAAUUCGCCAAUCAUGGUACGCCUGGUUCGGUUAUUGCCAAUAGAGUGGCGCAAUCAUAUAUGUCUCAGAAUGGAGAUCUACGGUUGUCCAGGUAAGUAAGCAGGUUAACAGUUAUUAAACUGCUACUAUCAAUUAAACUAUAUACGCUGAAGUCAACGCACAUUUUGGUGGGUCAGUACCUGGGAUUAGUCAAAGUACAGAUGCACGGAUCACAUUAUGGAAGCUUUUUCAACUGUUUCGUCCCACAUGCAUGAUCAUUCGCCAUGUUCUAAAAGAGUAAAAGAAAAAGCCGGGUACGAUAUACGACCGCAAAGUUUCUUGGGAUCGUUUGGAGGCACAACAUGAAAGUCAACAAACAUGUCGUAACGCUACAUGUCGUUACAAACUGCAAUGAUAAGUUAAAAAAUACAACUAUACUUUACUCAUAAUGUACCACAGAGCUCCCAAAGAGCCUAAUGUACCAACUAUGUCUCCUUCAGUCAGAGUAACCUUCAGAGCGUUUUUAAGAGGUGACCUGCUGCUCUCCGCCACGUUUUUGCUCUGUAUUUAUAUUAUCCGCUGUUAUUACUUUGAUCUGUAACUAUAUUGUCCUACUGUCAAGGGUCCUCUACCAUAAUGCUCCAAAAUUUUAAUUUCUACUUAUCGUUAUUGACUUUAUUACAGGUUGUGUAGCUCCACUUGGUAUGGAAAAUGGAGCAAUCUCUGAUGUCCAGAUAAGUGCUUCUUCUCAGUGGGAUGACAAUCAUGGUCCACAUAGAGCUCGAUUGAAUAGGAGAAGUUUCGGAAACAAGAAGGAAGCCUGGAGGUCUUUAAACAAUGACAUUUAUCAGUGGCUUCAGGUUGAUAUUGGGACAUAUACCACAGUGACUCGCAUAGCGACUCAGGGCAGAAGUGAUAUGAGCCAAUGGGUUAUCAAGUACAGGUUACAGUACAGUGAAGACGGAGUGAACUUCCAUUUGUACAAAGCACUAGGACAAGAUUCAGCCAAGGUACGCCCAGUUAGUCUUCUUUUCGACCCAUGUUAGGUCACCCGGAUUCCCGAAUCCGGCAAGUUUUUACACGUAGAAUCAGGAAUCCUGGGAAUGCAAGCUCAAGGAAUAAGGAAUUCUGUGUUUUCACUUACGUGGCCAGCAUCUAUGCAAAUUUAUAGGAACAAACGAAAGGCUUUACAUAAGAAAAGAGUUCAACUCCCACAGGACUGGUUUGGGACACAAACUUGGCCGCGAUUUCAUUGUUUUGGGACACAAAUAUGGCCGCCAUGACGUCAUGUGAAAACACACAAUCAGGAAACCAGUAGCUGAAAUGAGGAGUGCAGAGUGUGAAAUCCAGAAUCCAAAAAAAAUAAGCCCCUCCAAAUUUAAGCCCCAACAAACUCGUAACGCAAAAAACCCUCCGUUAAAUCGCCCCUCCAAAUAUAAGUCCCCCGGGGGCUAGUAGUUGGAAAUUACCAGCAAAUACAAAGUAAAACAAAGCAAAAACGGAAAAUUCCUUCAAACUAUAAGACUAGCCCAAUCGAUUUUGAAACGCAACUUUCCCUUCAUAGAUAAGCCCCCCUGAAUAAAAGCCCCUCAAAAAGGGCCUUUGAGAAAUAUAAGCCCCUGGGCUUAUUUUCGGAAUUUUACAGUACCUUACAUGAGGCGAUUUCCUCUCUACGUUACUUGAUAUUCUCUUUUAAAUACCAUCGAAACAUAAAUGACAAAAAAUCUCUUUCUAUUUUUACUGUUUUUAUUGAUUAGCCUGAAUUUCAGCCGUUUCAACUAGUCGCAAACUCCCAAGAAGCUCUCGGGAGUUUGCGACUCGAGGAGACGGCUGCCAUUCGGGAUAAUUAUAAAUCUGCUAGCUUCAAGAAAAUUCAUUUACAGUUCAAAAGUUUCGAGUCAAUGAUAAUUAAAAAUACAUCGGUCCGUAAAAUUAUUGUUUACUAUGUUUGGAUAGUUGUUUGAUGGAAAUGGUGACAGAAAUACCAUUGUUUACCAAACAUUGAGCCAGCCAAUCAGAGCACGUUACAUCAGGAUACUUCCGCAGGCUUGGUACGGACACAUAUCAAUGAGAAUGGAACUCUAUGGCUGUCCAGGUAUUUUUUUAUUCCCCUAUUUCAGGAUAUUUCAACUCGCGACCUUAACACCAUAAUGGAAUCCCAAGUCAUAUACCAUAACAAACCGAUAUUGCAGAGGACCUCGCGAAGUUUUUUUUGGUAGCUAAGAAAAUUUCUCCGUCGGAGAAAUUUUGGUAGUCACGUGACCUUACGUCCGUCCGUCCACUCGUCCAUCUGAACUACAGGGUAACCAAUAUCACACUUUCUACCAAUGUGGGAGCCCUCAACCUGAUUUUCGACAUCCAUGUUGUGGUCAGUUGACGACUGUCGAAACGGGGUAUCCGCUGACCAUUAUCACAUGACCAUAUCGCGGGCUCAGGUGUUGGCCCAUCGGGGUAAGUGUUUGUUUUGAAGUUAUCGGCUUUCAAGUUAGUAUUUUUCAACUGAUCACAUGCUCAAGUCCGAGUGGAUUUCUUUGAAUAGUUACAAGUUUAUUGUUUGAAGCAAACUUUAAAUUUAUCAACGAGAGCUUUGCCUUUAGCCUUGGCUAAAUCUAUUUAUUAGUUCAGCAGAGCAUCCCGUCUUUCUUAGACGUUUCGGCUUUGACCUUAGUCUGCUACACAGCCGUCUUUAGUGUCGUAACGACACUAAAAACGGCUAUGUAGCAGACUACUUUGACCCCUGAUGUACCAGAGCGAGACUGAUUUUGGAAAUUCGACAGGGGCGUCUCUAUCUCGUGAAGAGUUCUAUUCUUGUCAGAUCAGGAGGUUUCCCAACUGUGCACUGAGCUUUUAAUUAUUUCUCUGUUUUACAAGACUUUUCUGAAUUUAUCCAAAAGUCUGAGAGUUGGCUUUUACUGUUUCAUCAUAGACUAUCCGUUACAAAAUUAAUGCAGUAUCUAACAUAGGUUCCUUUUACUGAUCUGUUUCACGCUUAGCCUGUGAAGCGCCUCUUGGCAUGGAAAGCGAAGCAAUUGCCGAUUCCCAAAUAGAAGCAUCUUCUCAGCUGGAUGACCGACAUUCUGCAACGAAAUCCAGAUUGCAUUUCAAAACAGACGAAAGCAAAGAUGGAGGCUGGUCAUCUCUCACAAGUGAUGCCAACCAGUGGCUGCAGGUGGAUUUUCGUAGCUAUGCUACAGUGACACAUGUCGCGACCCAGGGAAGACACGCCCACCAUGAAUGGUUACUUAACUACAAAUUAAAAUAUAGUGAUGAUGGCGUGACAUUCCAAACUUACAGUGUGCCAGAAACCAAACUCUCAAAGGUACGGUUCUCUCAUGAGUAAAGGCUCUUUUUUCACGGUUUUUUCAAAAGAAAUUACCCUCUUAUACUCCUUCUAUUUAACUAUGAAGCUUGUAGUAGAUUAAAUUAAACGAUGUCUUCUUUUCAUUUGGAUUGGGAUGCGUACGUUUUACUCGAUUGAAAUAGCGCCUCUCAAGAACUCCUGUUAUCAUGCAUUUUCCACCAUGUACCUGGAAACAUUCCGUGUCCUCCGAGUUCUGUCGACGUAAGUACACUGUAAAUGUUUGUUAUCACCGUUUAGGUUUUUGAUGGAAACGAAGACAGUGAUAGCGUUGUGACCAAAGAAUUGAAUCCACCAAUCACAGCCCGCUUUAUACGGAUCUUACCAACCAAGUGGAAUAACCGGAUUUCCACGAGAAUGGAGCUCUAUGGUUGUGCAGGUAUUCUGAAGUAAUUUCUGAGACUUUUUUCAACUUAACAGAACCUGUUGACAGAGUGUUUUUUUAAUUCUUCACUUGCUUAGAAAACAGGACAUAUCGACUACAAGGCUCAUUGAACUAAAUUUUCCCCUUAUAUUUUUAAAACAUACUUGAAGCAGCCGCUCGCUAUUUAAGCCACAAGGAACGCACUCUUAGUCUAGGCCACUUCUCUAAUGAACUGAAUAAUAAGAAAAAACAAGUCUACACGUUACAAUCCAAACCUAUUCUACAUUUCGUCUAUUGAUAUCCCUUGUUAUAUUUAUGAUCAAGCCUGCUUCGCCCCACUUGGAAUGGAAAAUAAUGCCAUUUCAGACGGCCAGAUAAGCGCCUCUUCACAAGCAGAUGACGAUCAUGCUGCAAAUCAAGCCAGAUUGCAUGCUAAGAUAAGUAGCGGCAAAAGCGGUGGCUGGGCUGCUCUCAAAAAUAAUCUUAACCAAUGGCUUCAGCUGGAUCUUGGAACUUACACCAGAGUAACACGGGUGGCCACUCAGGGAAGAAAUUCCUUUAGUGGAUGGGUGACCAAGUAUAUGUUACAGUACAGUGACGAUGGAUUCAUCUUUCGGUAUUACGAAGAAGCAGUUAACACCUCGGCAAUGGUAAGUCUUUGCUCGCGUGCGUAAAUGUUAAAUCUCGAACACAAAACUUGAAAUGAUCAGUCCUAUUCGUUCCAGUGACAACUCCAUCGUUUCUAUCAAAUAAACCUGAACACUAAAAGUACGUCAUGGUAUGCCUUUUUUUCCAGUGGGAACUCGACAAACUUUUAUACAAGGAGGCACCGCCCCGAGGUCCAACCCCUUACCCUUUUAUUCACCAUUUUUGAUGGAAAAGGUACCCCAUUGGUACAGUUUCUAUUGACAAAUGAUACCCCUUUCACAUACCUAACUCAGAACGAAGAUUGCAAAAAAGUCGGUUUUUCUCCUUUAAAAUCGAUUUUUUAAGCCACCCACAUGAGAUUUUCGCACGAAGCACACAAGCCUCACAAGCCCAUAGCGCUCAAGGACUUUUCUUUGACCGUUCUCGUGUUCUUGAACCACGCAAAAAUACGGGUUGUUUUGCUGGACCAGUGCUGAACACAGCGAUAUCAAGGACGACUGGUUGGUUCCCCACUUGUAUCAAUGAUAUUUACAGGUAACUGUCAAUAACAGUCCUAUUCAGGACUACGUUCACCCGGACUAUAUUACUCAACCUACUUAUGAAAUUACUCCUGGUUUCAAACCUUUCACAGUUGCUUAUUACUUUGAUUAUACUUUUUUAGAUUUUUGUUGGAAACAAAGACAGCGACACGGUUGUGUACAACAUUUUAAAACCACCAAUCACAGCACGCUUCAUUCGAAUUUUGCCGGUGGAGUGGCACAGUCAGAUAUCGUUGAGGAUUGAAAUUUAUGGCUGUCCAGGUAUUCCGACAUGUGUCAAAGAACAAUAAGUCAUAACUAAUUAUUUAUACAAAGAGCCUGUCUAUAUUGUUUCCCUGUUAGCCCCAUUAUCGACUUGUCAUAGUAUUAUGCAAUAUCGGUAGAAUCUGGUUACUUUGACAGCAAGUUCUCUUCUCCUUCAUUCUGACGCUUUAAUGAUCCUCACCACAGGGGGCCCACACAAUCUGUUUGUGCAGCCGAUUGUUAUUUUAAAGUAAAUGUACUGGAUUUACCGUUUGCUUCACCUAUAUCGCUAUGUAUAUAAAUCAAUGAUAAAUAAACGUUGAAUUACCUUACCUGUGGUAUAUAGUCGUCCUUUUACCUCAAAAGCGGUUUUUUGAGCGAUUUUGAAGGAGUUUGAUUUCGCCGUUGACUGUUCCUUAUAAUAGAAGGACAAGGGUGGAAUCCAUGUUUUGAAAGGGCUCCAGUGUCGGAGCGAUUUUUUUCCCCAAAAUCGCAUCGCUCCGCUUUCUAACUCCGUAGCAAAAGGGUAGAAAGAUUCACGUUUCUCCUCGUCUCCUCCCCAAAAUCGCAUCGCUCCGCUUUCAAACUCUGUAGCAAAAAGGUAGAAAGAUUCACGUUUCUCCUCGUACCUUCCGAUCGAAAAUCCAUCCAAACAGCCCGGAGCUAGCCGUCGAAGAAAAUUAAAAUCCCACAGUAUUCGAGCGGCAGAAAUGCGUAGCGAGAUUCAUACGUGCCAGCCACAAACCGUCCCGCUGAUUGGCUUUUUUUUAUUGGAUGUCGUUAAACAACAAACACUUACCAAGUCUUCUUCAUCAGUUAUUAUUUAACCAUUUGGUUAACGACAUUCAAUAAAAAAAGGCAAUCAGAGGGACGGUUUGUGGCUGGCACGUAUGAAUCUUGCUACGCAUUCCUGCCGCUCGAAUACUGUGGGAUUUUAAUUUUCUUCGACGGCUAGCUCCGGGCUGUUUGGAUGGAUUUUCGAUCGGAAGGUACGAGGAGAAACGUGAAUCUUUCUACCUUUUUGCUACGGAGUUUGAAAGCGGAGCGAUGCGAUUUUGGGGAAAAAAAUCGCUCCGGCACUGGAGCCCUUUCAAAACAUGGAUUCCACCCUUGUCCUUCUAUUAUAAGGAACAGUCAACGGCGAAAUCAAACUCCUUCAAAAUCGCUCAAAAAACCACUUUUGAGGUAAAAGCUAAGGACGACUAUAUACCACAGGUAAGGUAAUUCAACGUUUAUUUAUCAUUGAUUUAUAUACAUAGUUAGCGACAUAUCGCUAUAGGUGAGGCAAACGGUAAAUCCGGAACAUUCACUAUAAAAUAACAAUCGGCUACACAAACAGAUUGUGCGGGCUCCCUGUGUCCUCACCUAGUUUGUACCAGAUGGUGCUCUAAUUUGACGGCGCUUCUAUUUGUUUCUAUAAAAGUGUUUGAAACUGAAUUUAGGAAAUUAGCUUCACUUUAGCCAAAGAUUACCAAGAUGUUUAGACAGAUGAUUAGACAUAUUCAUGCAUUUAUUCAGGUUGUGUAACAUCACUUGGAAUGGAAAAUCAAACCAUUUCUGAUGCCCAUGUAACAGCCUCGUCACAAAUGGAUGACACCAAUUCCGCACGAGAAGCCCGAUUGCAUUCUAAGUCAAUUGGGAACCAAAGAGGUGGCUGGGUAGCUCUCAAGAAUGAUCUCAACCAAUGGCUUCAAGUGGAUCUUGGCACUUUCACCAGAAUAACACGUGUGGCAACUCAAGGAAGAGAUGGGUAUGAUCAGUGGGUGACCAAGUACAGGUUACAGUACAGUGAUGACGGAGACAUCUUUCACUCUUUCAAAGUGUUGGGGGUUAAUUCAGCGAAGGUAUGGCUGUCAAGUUUUUGGCAGAACUCAUCUAGUCCUCGAAGAAAUUUGUGAAAAUCCUAUGAAAGCGCAACCAGCUCACAAAUCAAUAUUGCAACUUCGAGAUUUGUUGAUUUAUAGCUUUCUGGAAUUUUUCCUAUAUUUAGGUUUUUACCGGGAAUCAGGAUAACGGCACAGUUGUUUACAACCCUCUGAGUCCACCAGUCACGACUCGCUUCAUUCGGCUGAUUCCAGUGGGGUGGCAUAGUCGCAUAUCGAUGAGAAUAGAGAUCUAUGGCUGCCCAGGUACUGAGGAAGAUUUCAUAUAAAUAAUGCAAUGUAUUUCCCCUUUGGUUUUGCUGUUGCCACUAACACUUUCAUCAUGCCAUUACCUGAAACAUUGCGAUCAUCAUCCCAAUCUCGCCUCAUGUAAAGUAAUCCGAAUUUCGGAAUCCUGGAAAUUUCGCUUGUGGAAUCCAAUAUGUUAAGGGGACUGAACACAGUUUUGCGGCGGUAACUCGCGUAACCGCACCUGUUCUAAAUUAGACAAACAAACGUGGCGGCGAAAAAAGCAAUGGUACACAGAGGAUAUUUGGCAGAAUUUUCACUUUUAUUGUAUUGUAGCAGUCCGGGCCACAACCAGAUCUGGAUAUAUGAUGACGUCACCCACAUUUGCAAAAUGGCGCCCACGCCGAGAAACACGAGGGAAGGUCACUUCCUGGCUCUUUGCUGGGCCUAGAAGUGUCCUUUCCCCAUACUACUUUGAGAGCUGUGACUUUAGACAAUGAGAAAUCAGGGGUGAGAAGAAAAAAUGCCGUCCGAUGAACGUUUGUACGUUCUUGGGAGGUAAAACCACCGAACACGAGAGUUUUUCAGCUCAAAGAAAUGCCCGACAAGGCGCAAAACAUCGAAAAAAAGAAGGUGAGUGUCAUUUUUUGGACCUUUGGAAAAAAAUUUUUUUUAAUCUACAUAAAAAUUGCUUGUUGAUAGUGGUCUGUUUGGUGUAGUGCAAAGCAGUUUCACAUAGUGCUGUGCUUUUAAAGAUGCAAAAGUCAGUUGCGCAGUUAACGUGCGGGUUUUUGUAACGCCAUGUUUAUUUUAUGUUAUUUUGCAGUCGGAUGGAAAAGCACCUUGGUUUUUUGGAAAGAAGAUGCCGUUUGUGUGGGAAAACUUUCGACGGGAACUUUUGAACUUCUUUGGCGUAGAUAUUGGGCUGGACUCCACAGAAAUCCAUCCACAGAAAGUGUGUUCGACUUGUAGGAGAGUCGUUUAUCAUUUAAAUUCGGGUAACUUGGACCCCGAAACCUCUGAAGGGAGAAAGCAAGGGAUAAAACUGUUUCUGUGGAAGGAACACUCCUCAAACUGCUAUUGCCUGCAAAAACUCAAGGGAAGGCCUUCAAAGAAGGAAUUAUGCAACAAUGCAAACCAGUUCAAUUUUCGAUUACUGAAUUAAAAUGUCAAUGCUGACAAUAUAAUAAGAGCAUUGGUCAUCCCUGGAUAAGCCUUUCAUUUCAAUGAAAUAAAUGUACACAGAUUGAGGUACAUAAAAAAAUGCCUGUAUUUUCGAUUGCUCAUAUAAUUUUUUAAUUUAUUAUUAUUUAUUUGUUAGUUUACUUUGUCUUAGGUUAUGAGGUGCAAGGUAGAAAAUGUGAAGAAUGGCUGAAAAUACACUUUAAACAGGACACCAAAUGAUCGAUCUUACAAAACUGUUCCAUAUUUCAUAAUUACAGUCAAACCCCAUUGAUAUGGACACUGAAGGGGCCAUAGGAACUGUCUUUAUAACGGAGGUGUCCAUAUCAAGCAGGUCCUGUUAUAAAAAACAAAAAUACACUUUUUUAUCGAAAUACUACAGCAUCACACCGAACAUCUUUAAACAUCACUAAGCUCUUAUUCUGCAGACUGUGUCCAUGAAAACACACGGAAGUCUCGAGAAAAUCGAUCAAAAAUUAUGUAACAUUUACCAACUCGAUUGAUGUCAAAAUGGUCUAUUAUUGUUGUGCACAAUUCAUUCAUUUUGGUGUACCAUGAUGCUGGGAACAUGGACAUGACGUCAAUUAAGUGUAAGGAUUUUUAACCUACAAAAAAAGAGGUUGACUACAGCACACAAUGGACUAUAAAGUGUGCUGAUUAGCGAGGUUGACUUUAUCUGAGAAUCUGUUCAUUGAGGAAGAAAAAAACGUCCAUUAUCCACUUUAACAGGUCAGUCUGUAUUAAGUGGGUUGAAUAAAGAGAAAAAUUAAGGGUUUUCCCCAGUGACCAAGGAAACUUCCCAUAAUAACAGGGAGUCCACAUUAAGCUGGUGUCCGUAAAGAGGGGUUUGACUGUAUGAUACAGGACAAACACAAUCUAAUAAUAAUAGAGGCUUAGUGCUCACUAAGUUUUUCAGUGUGUAUGUAUUCAACCUACAGUGACAGGAUAUUACUAUAAUCGCAUAGUUUUUACACUAAAUCAACAGAACUCAGAAAACCAGGCAUUGGUUGGGAUACAAGACAGCCUUUAUUAAUCAUAACAAAAUACAAUACAUGGUAAAUAACUAAAAGGUAAUAUUUAGUAUAAAAAUAAAGUGCUCCAACAAAUAAGAAAGACCAAAUUAAAAAAGAAUUAAAACAACCUCAAUCAAAUAAUAAAAGUAAUCACACUGUCCAUGAAUAGAACAAAAUAAAACCCAACAGGGAGGGAGAGAGGGAGGGAAAUGAUUGCUAGUGCAAUAAAAGUGAAUGUUGCUACUGCAAUGCCAAUGCAAGUGAGAAUGUGACUAAACUAGAAUUGUAUCCGUCUGUAACCCAUAUUACAGUCGUGGUAUUCCUAUCUACCGUAAAACUACUAUAUCCUAGGUAGUAGACAAAUGGUAUUAUGAAAUCUCUCAUGCCAAAAAACUACUGUGAUGCUGUACUAGCCCUGCAUCCCAAUGUGACACCUUCCUUGGAGAAUUAGAACCGCAUCAGUCGUCUCAACUGAUGCACCCCCUUAAUAACAAUAAUUUAAAGGAACAAAUUUUUUUAAAAAAAUAUAGAGAUAUAAAUAUAUAUUACGUUUUCUUGUCUUGUGAAAAACCAUUCUAUUAAAUAUUUUGACACCAACAAUAGUAAAGUCUGCACAUCUAUUUCAUUUGUCAAAGCUGUUUUUCAAAAUACAAUUGUCAAAUUAUGUUUACGUCCUCUCAGUGACUAUUUAACAACUAUUAGAACACGAAUACGUCCACUUGCAUUAUUUUCAUCCGCAAUGGGGUUUUGCAAUUUGCAAUAAGCAAAGACAGAAGUUCGUUAAUGACUGCUUACGACUCUUCACGAGUGCAAUUUCUACAAAUUUUAUUUAUUUCUUUGACCUUCGCAUAUUUCCAACAUGUGUGACGAUUCAAUAUACUGGAAAUUUAUAUACAGCAAGAAUAAUUAGCAUUAAGAUUAUCAUUAUCAAUCCUUCGAUCGAAAUUAGAUUUUAGCGCGUAUGGUAUUGCCCCCGAAGUAGAAUAGAACAGACUUCUCCAGGUCUAAACUGUGCUCGCAGAAAUUUCUCCAAACAGGACUUCUUAAAACCUUUCUACUUACAAUGUAUCGCGGUAUUCAAAUUCCCUAUUCUUCCAAUUCGAUCGGAGUCGUCGAGUUGUUUCUGGUCUCUUGAAAUAUUAUCAGAAAUCCACGGGUGUUUACAAAAAGCGUUCUCGAUCAUUAACAUCUCGAUAUUCGUAAAUCGAACGUUAUGACGCAUAAAAUAAUCUCGAUUAAUCCGCUCCGUAUUGCUGUUGCUUUUCUUCAAGGUACAUUCCACCCAAAGCACUCGCAGCUAUUUGCUUCGAAGUUCCCUGUUCGACGUUUCUGUCGAGCUUAGUGUAGCUACAGCAAUUAGCCGCACGUUUAACUAACUUAUUUUUUAUCCGAAAUCUUUGUUUUCUGCACGCGCACGCUAACGCAAUUUGUAGAUCUAACGAGAAAGUUCUUUCUAACGCAAGCUAGCGAAAGCGCCACGCAAUUUUGUUGUUAAAAGGUUAAGUUUUCUGUUUUUGCGAUUAGUUGACGCAAGUUCUUGUCAAUCCAUUUCAAGAAGCCAAGAAGUUUUCCUUGUUCUAGUGAUUUUAAGGACAUCACCAAGGUAAAUAUUUACGCUACAUUUUCUUAUUUAAGUAAGCGCCUCGUAAUUUUAUCCUUUAAACCGAUUUUAUUUCUGAUUGCAUUGUAAAAUCAAGUUUUAAGAUUUUAGACGAAGUUAAGUUUACACACGACAUCAUUUACCGUUAUUUGGCAAUCUUAAGUUUUUACCUUUCCGUCUUGUUACUUUCACGGAUGAAAUGUAUGUAUUUCCGUAAUUUCACAACCUUAUUUGUAAAAUACUCUUACCUUUAUUUUAGUUCUCACGGUGUUUAUGGAAGUAAGGUUAAGAAAAGAAAUAAACAUCAGUACGUGAACGAGUGUCAUCUCAUAUCUUAUCACUGGAGCAAUAGUGAGAACUUGAUGUACCACAGAAGAUCGAUCAAGCGAAGAUCCGAAGUGGGCAAAACAAGCAAGUUCAAUCAAGGUCAAGUCAAGUCAAGAUCAAGGUCAGACGUCCGACUAAAAAUAGUUUCUCAAGUCAAGUACUGACGUUCAGCGCAGCGACAAAUCACAGGCCAAGUAAAGUACAAGUUAAGAAGCUCUGUUGCAAGAACGUUAUAAUUUAUACGGACACACAAUAAUAAGAAGAUUCUGCAUGUAGUAGUUGCAGAAAUAAGUUUAAGUAAUUGAUUACAUUUUAAGUCAAAGUGAAGUACUGUCACACCACGGGUGUCACGCAUAAAUAGCUUAAGUAGUACAGGCGCUGCCUGAAGUAUUAAGUUUUAAAGUUCAAGUUUAAAGAAGUUACAAGAGAUUACUCUAACGUAUUAAGGUUUAUUUAGACCUAGAAAUGUCUAGCUCAAGUGGGGUAACAGAAUUUAAUGCUGCAGAGAAGUUAUCGUUACCUACAGAAGGCGUAGUUCAAGUAAACAGUAAUCUAUCAGCAGUAGAUAAUAAUAAUGUAAAUAGCAUAGUCGCAGAUUCCAUCCAAGAGCAGCAAACUUACUUAUAAGAGUUGGCGGGAGGCUGGAAAAUUCUACCUUGCCAUUUGAUGUCAAACACCCAAUUAUCCUACCAAGAUGUUCUCACGUAACCGAGCUGAUUAUUGAUCAUUUUCAUGAGAAGGUCAAGCAUCAAGGAAAGGGAAUGACGAUGAACGAAAUUCGUUCCUAUGGAAUAUGGAUACUAGGCCUCAAUGCCGCAGUAGCCUCACACAUUUAUAAAUGCGUACAAUGCAGACGACAGCGACGACCAACAGAAGGCCAGAAGAUGGCAGAUCUCCCUGAAGAUAGAGUGGAAUCUACUCCACCCUUUACAUACUGUGGAAUGGAUUGCUUUGGGCCGUUCACAGUUAAGGAAAGAAGAAAGGAACUGAAGAGAUACGCAGUAAUAUUCACCUGCAUGAGUUCUCGAGCAGUGCACAUAGAGCAGCUAGAUGACAUGACAACCGAUGCCUUCAUCAACGCGUUAAGAUGCUUCACAGCAAUUCGAGGACCUAUCCAACAGAUAAGGUCCGACCAAGGCUCAAACUUUGUAGGAGCAAGGAACGAACUGGAAAAGGCCAUGAAGGAGUUGGAUAACGACAAGAUCCAAUCAUAUUUGACAACCAAUCGCUGUGAAUUCGUUAUGAAUGUCCCUUAUUCCAGUCACAGGGGAGGAGUAUGGGAAAGGCAGAUUAGGACUACAAGAAGCAUUCUUAACACCGUUCUCAACGAUUACAAGGGAAGACUCGACACGUCCUCACUGCGCACCUUCUUGUACGAAGUUAUGGCUAUAAUCAACAGCCGACCAUUGACCUAUCAAUGCCUGAACGAUCCAAAGAGUUUGGAGCCUCUAACGCCAAAUCAUCUACUCACCAUGAAGAACAAGACACUUCUUCCACCUCCAGGAAAUUUUGUCAAGGAAGAAAUCUACGCCCGGAAACGAUGGCGAAAGGUCCAGUUUCUGGCAGAACAAUUUUGGAGUAGGUGGCGAAAGGAGUACCUCAUCAAUCUGAAUUCAAGACAAAAAUGGCUUCAGCCAAAGAGAAAUCUGAAAAUCGGUGACAUCGUAAUCGUUCAAGAAGAAGUUCCACGGAACGAGUGGCCCCUUGGCAAGAUCACGGAUACUUCAACAGAUCAACAAGGUCACGUUCGUUCUGUGAAGAUAAAGCUUGGAUCCAGAAAUCCUCAGAAGAAGGAAAACGACACAAAUUCCCAUAUCAUCGAAAGACCAGUGCAAAAGGUAGUCCUCCUGUUGGAAGGAGUGGUCUAAGACAAGUUCCAAUAGCAAUGCUUGAUGUGCAGAGUAAAAUUAUUCAUGAUUGUUACGUCCCUUUUGAAUCAUAAAUAAUUUGGUGGGAGUGUAGCUACAGCAAUUAGCCGCACGUUUAACUGACUUAUUUUUUUAUCCGAAAUCUUUGUUUUCUGCACGCGCACGCUAACGCAAUUUGUAGAUUUAACGAGAAAGUUCUUUCUAACGCAAGCUAGGACGCACGCGAAAGCGCCACGCAAUUUUGUUGUUAAAAGGUUAAGCUUUCUGUUUUUGCGGUUAGUUGACACAAGUUCUUGUCAAUCCAUUUCAAGAAGCCAAGAAGUUUUCCUUGUUCUAGUGAUUUUAAGGACAUCACCAAGGUAAAUAUUUGCGCUACAUUUUCUUAUUUAAUUAAGCGCCUUGUAAUUUUAUCCUUUAAACCGAUUUUAUUUCUGAUUGCAUUGUAAAAUCAAGUUUUUAGAUUUUAGACGAAGUUAAGUUUACACACGACAUCAUUUACCGUUAUUUGUCAAUCUUAAGUUUUUACCUUUCCGUCUUGUUACUUUCACGGAUGAAAUGUAUGUAUUUCCGUAAUUUCACAACCUUAUUUGUAAAAUACUCUUACCUUUAUUUUAGUUCUCACGGUGUUUAUGGAAGUAAGGUUAAGAAAAGAAAUAAACAUCAGUACGUGAACGAGUGUCAUCUCAUAUCUUAUCACUGGAGCAAUACUUAGUCCUUUCGCGGUCAAGUCAAUGUUUUGGUUGAGCCCUGAGCCAAUCAGAUUGCGUGAAAUUACAUAUCUAGAUCUGGUUGUGGCCCGGACUGUUUAGAGAAUGAGAACUUUAAAAUGGAAGUUGAACAGAAGAAUUUUGUGACACAUUUAACAAUUACAGUACAAUUGAAUUAUUGAUUAUCUAAAAACACGUCUGUUAGAAUUUGGUCAAAUAAGUUUUAAAAAGGUAAUGAUUACUUAUAGUAAGUUGUGUGCAAGUUUAAACGAAAAUCUAACGAGCGAAUUUUAUGUAAACUGAGCAAAAGUGAAAUUUUAAGGUUGUAUUCAAUCGUCACAUUUUACCUGUCAGUCAAAAUCUUUCAUCAGUAUAUUUUUCACUUGCCAAGUUUCAGCUUGCGAGAUGCAACCUUUCUCUUGCCAUGAUUUGGCAAAUGACAUUUACUCACAAACUGACAAAACUGUGUUCAGCCACCUUAAGCUUUAGAAUCCUGAAUCCUGCUAACGAUUAGAAUCUGGAAUCUGGAAUCUAAGUUCCAGUGUCUAGGAAUGCGGAAUCCAUUUUCUGGAAUCCGGAAUCCAAGACCGUUGGACUGUCUUGGGUUAAUGGACAUUGGGAAACCAGUCGCCAUUCGCUCUAACAAUCACCUUGACACCACCGUUAUCCCCAACAACUGGAUCUCAACCAUCUCCCUAUUGUCUUCCCUCGAUUACAGCCCCUGAUGCUAACGUUUUGCCUUGAUUUUAAACGUUGUUAGAAAGCUUGUUUUUCCUGCUCUUACCAAUUUAGGUUGUAUAGCAGCACUUGGAAUAGCUCUCGGAACAAUCACUGAUCGUCAAAUAAGCGCGUCUUCAAAACUGGACAACACCCAUUCUGCUGCACAAGCCAGGCUGCAUUCCAAAGCAGUAGGAAGCAAAUAUGGAGCCUGGUCAGCACAUGAAAAUGAUCAUCAUCAAUGGCUUCAAAUUGAUUUUGAAAGCUCCACCAAAAUUACACGGCUGGCCACUCAGGGAAGAAAUGGCUUUAAUGAAUGGGUGACCAAGUAUAUGUUACAGUACAGUGAUGAUGGUGUACAUUUUCAUUCCUACAAGAUGGUGGGAGUAUCGAGGGCAAAGGUAUCUCUCAGACCCCAUUUCUAAGGAGAAAACAUGUCCCGAGUGGGUAUAGUGGCAGGGGCAGUGGCUACCCGAACUACCCUGGGUGAGCCAAGGUUUCCUACAUUUUUUUACCAAACUUGGCGAACCGUCUACAUGAGAAAAAAAAAAGUCGGCUAGGCUACAAAUAUGAGCCGCCUAGCUGGGUCAACCUGGUAGAGUGACCGUCCUGGCUGAGUUAACUUUUCUCCAUUUAAACUCUUGUCCAUCCGGGCCUACUCAGUUAAGGACAGACAAUCAGAGCACAAGCGAGGGCUUUAGCGCUUGCUAGAGUUCACUCGUUGAGGGGAUGACCCUCUUUCCCUGGACAACUUUUUCUUAAAAUAGACGAGGCCUUACUAAGAUUUGGGAGGCUACGAACUUAACACACACUUUCCUUGCCACUUUCUAAAAUGCUGCUUCAGGUACAAUAAGGUAUUUCGACUCCAUAUAACCGUUUUGGAAGCUGCUGUCUUCAACAUGGCAUCUAUCUUCUAAAGCAUGCGAAGACUUUCAAUUAUCGAUUGGCAAUUGUCAAGUUUUAAAAAAGCGAGCUGCAACUUAAAAGUAAUAUACCGUAAAAUUCCGAAAAUAAGCCCCUCCAAAUAUAAGCCCCCCCAAACUCGUAACGCAAAAAACCCGCCGUUCAAUCGCCCCUCCAAAUAUAAGCCCCCCGGGGAGCUUGUACUUGGAAAAUUGCCCUCAAAUACAAAGUAAGACAAAGAAACAACGGUAAAUUUCCUUCCAACUAUAAAGCUAGCCCAAUCGAUUUUGAAACGCAAAUUUCCCUCCAUAGAUAAGCCCCUCCAAAUAUAAGCCCCUCCAAAAAUAAGCCCCUCAAAAAGGGCCUUUGAAAAAUAUAGGCCCCGGGGAUUAUUUUCGGAAUUUUAAGGUAAUUUCUUAGUCAGGCUAGCUAAAGGCUCCCUCCCUGCAAUUUGAAAUAGUUUUAAAAGCAAUGUCGUUCUUAAAACCAUUGUUUGCUUUGUAGGUCUUUGAAGGAAAUCAAGACAGUGACACUGUUGUAUACCACACUCUGAUUCCACCAAUCACAGCUCAGUUCAUUCGGCUGUUGCCUCUUGCUUGGCACCAUCACAUAUCUUUAAGAACGGAGGUGUACGGUUGUCCAGGUGCUCUUACGAAAUAUUAAUUGAAAAUUCAUUAUUUUAACUUUACAGAUGGUAAUUCGGGUCAGUUAACGUGUUUCAUGUUUUCAAAACCACGACACUCAAUUACAACGAAAAAACUCACACUUUGGAAUCAUCUUUUUCAUCACGUAAAUUGGGAUAUUUUAUUUUAGUACCUGUGUGGACCCUGGGUCGUAUAAAAAAGAUUAACAGUAAAUCUGUCAGAAACUUUUUAAUUUGAUGUAUUAUUAAAUAUAGGUUGCAUAGCUCCCCUCGGCAUGGAAAGUGGAGCAAUAACUGACGCCCAAAUAAGUGCUUCUUCUCAGUGGGAUAACAAUCAUGGUGCAUCACGGGCCAGGUUGCACAUGCUAUUCAACGGUAAGACCACGAAAAGAGGAGCCUGGUCAUCUAGUUCAAGUGAUCUCAACCAAUGGCUUGAGAUAAACCUUGGUGGUUACACUACAUUAACUCGUGUUGCAACACAAGGGAGUAGUGACUACGAUCAAUGGGUAACCAAGUACAGAUUGCAGUACAGUGAUGAUGGGGUGAUCUUCCAGUUCUAUAAAGAGCCCCAUCAGACUUCAGCAAAGGUAUGCAAUUAGGACGUUUGAGCAAAGACAUUAGGGACCUUACGAUCCGACAAUGGCGACGUCCAUGGAAAAGUCGCUGAAAAAGAGACUUCGCAUCCUUUUAAACUUUUUCGUGAUUAUCCCAAUUCGCCCUGUUACUUAAAAGAAGGGAAUUUUGGUUGGAGCUGAAGAGGGGGGAGCGUGUCCGAGUUCAGACA